CGAGACGUCACACUAAACAGGGACAGUUUUAUUUGGAGCCGAGAUAAGAAAGCAGAGGACGACAACAGACGCAAUCAAAGCUGUUGGCUACGCAUUUAUUACGAACGGAAGCAACAGAGUGAACAAAUCCAGACAAGACCUUCCAGAUGGAUUUCACCCAUCCAGGAAGCUGAAGCCCACACCAGUUCAAAAUCUUUUUUUUUUUUUUUUUCUUUUUUUUUAAAUUUCUCAAUUUUGUAAUUGCUAUUGAAGAUUUCCCAUCUCCCGCUCCCAGGAUCAGCGUCAAACCACAUACUUGAAGUUCUCUAAAGGAUCUCGCUACACACAAGACUUCGUUAUUAUGGUUGCCUGACUGAAUGGUCACUUUGCAUUUUGCACGAGCUCCACAUUGACAAUGACCUCCAGCAUACCUACUUUGUAAAAAACCAAAAGAAAACAACCAAACACCUAUUCCAUUGACUGCUGUGGCCAUCCUUGACUUUCUGAACCAUGUCCCAUCCCCUUCAUAACCCCUAUAAUUUUGGGAUACAAAGUUCUACGCAGCAUCAAAAUGCGCUCAGCUCUUCUGGAGCAUCCUCUGGAACUUCUGACUCUACGUUGGGAACAAUUCCUUCACUGCGUGCUUUUCCAGUGAGCUACACCCCCCCACAGAGUAGUUCUAUUUUAGAUGGAGGCAUAAAGAGAUCUACAGAAAUGUAUCUUGGUCAAGCCAGGACAGAGAUGAGACAGCAGCCUGUUAACCAGGCCCCUUGCUUUACCGGCACUCAAGAAGACAAGUUUAUUUCUUCAACUGCAACGGUUGCCUCCAGUCCAGUGUGCUCAGCAUCUCAAAGACACUCUGAUUUUAAAAGUGGGCCUUGCUCCUUGGACUGGUCAGCCUAUAAGAAAGCCACUGAAAAUGAUUCUUCUAGAUUUUUUUCAUCAUCUACUUCACUGAGCUUUCAAGGCAGUGGUGAAAGAGAACAGGAUAUGCAGUCCAUUCCAGGCUUAGGUGAUUCUGACUAUCGAAUGCAAGACAAACCUGUGCUCCCUACUGAUUCCAGUUACCCAAAGUACUCUUCACAAGAAGCUUCUAACAUCCUUUUACGUUUUGGACUUGAAAAAGAUGACUUGGAAUAUCUGAUCUCCUACCCUGAAGACCAGAUAAACCCUGGCAAUCUGCCUUUUAUCUUAAGGCAAAUCCGCAUGAAGAAGGCUGAGAAUGUUAAACCUAUUGUUCAUUCAAAAGCCUGUCCUGAACCUCAACCCACCCCCAGCAUGACCGUAAUGGACAGGUUCAGAAGGGAAGGGAUGCAACAGGACGAAUUGGCACAGAUUAUCAAACCAAGUAAAGUGAUUGACUAUGGACAUACUAGCAAAUACGCUGGAGGGUUUGGCAGUGAUAUAGGAAAGAGCAGUGGAAGUGGAGCUAACAGUAGUGAGAGUGGCAGUAUGUUGCUCAUGGACACUUGUGAUGGUGACAGUUGCAAUAGAGAACCACUGCAAGAAGGUACGGCAGAGGUGAAAACCAGCACCUUGGUUUCUUCACAUGACCAUCGGGGUACUGUUUCCACUAAUAGUUCAAUGCAGAGCUAUGAGCCGCCUCCAAACAGGAAUCUAACUCAACGAUUGCUGACUCAGCCAAACCAGGCAUCUCAAGAAAUCAUCAGCUCUUUCUCUCUGCCAAAGAAAGACACAGACUUAAGACUUCUCAAAUCCAAACUAGUUCCUUUGAAAGAACCAGAGCCAGAUUGCCAUUUGGCAUUAAAAAUCCAACCACCUCUCAGUCAUAUUGCUCGUGGUGUGCAUCCUGAUCAACCUGGCCUUGUGCUCAUCGGCAAUAAUGAUAACAGUUGCACCAAGGAUCAAAGUAAAAGUCAACAACAAGCGCCAAAGGUUGCUAAGCCCAUAAACAAUCAGAAGAUGCACCAAAGGCAGAUGCAGCAAGAGCUAAAGAAACAGGCGGAGCAGCAGCGGCAGCAGGACCAGAAGCAACCACCAGUGCAGAUGGGACAAUGCCAGUCUGCAAAACCAGCUACUCCCCUAGCACCUCAGAUAAUUCCUAAACCAGUGAACUUCGUUCAUAUGCCGCUGCCACUUUCCAGCAAGCAGUGUCUUGCAGACAGGGAGCUAUCAAAGGGUCUGCCAGCGUUGGCCAUGAUGCAAGACUAUGCUGCAGCCACACCACAAACCUUUCCACAUACCUGUUCUCUCUGUUUGCAAAAAUGUACUGGUAUGAAGGAAUGGCUCCUUCACCAGAAUACCAGCUUUCACCUCGACAACUGCAAACUUCUUCGGAAACGAUAUCCACAGUGGGAUGGUAAAGUACUGACGUACCAAAGUGCUUCAAAUACAGGAAAGAAGUCCUCGUCCUCCACCUCUGGCAAAACUUCCCAGCAUCGUCAUCAGAAAACCAGGCGUGAGAGUCGUUCCCGUUCUCGCUCACACAGCCCACGUCGCCGCCUUGGUUCAGAUGGCAGAAGGCCUAAACAUGGAAACUAUUUAUGCUCUCGCUCAAAGAGCCCUCACCAUCACUACAGCUCUGGGGAGAGAAGAGAGAAACUCAGUAGUGGAUCACGAUCGCCAAACAGCUCCAGACAUGCUCGCAGACUUUCUAGGUCCCGGUCUCGUUCCUUCUCCCCACGGAAGGACUAUCUUGCCUCCUUGCAUUAUCAAUCACAUUCAAGGAGCCGUGAAAGACGAUCCUCACCGAGAAGGAGAGAUGGGAAACAGUUACUACAAAAGAGGAGUGAUGAAAGACGAUUGCUGACAAGGAGACGAGAUGAUAAGCGUUUGCCGCUGAGCAGAAGUCAUAAGAGCUCAUCAUCAGAAAAGAGGCCUCAACAAAAGAAGUUGGACAGCAGUACAAAAAGACUUGCUAAACAGCUGCUGGAAACCACAGGUCUCCACUCUUUGUCAAAAGAGUCUGACCUGGAGGCCAUAGCUGAAACAAUCGCUCCUGUCAUACUGGCUGAGCUAGCCAAGAUGAAGUCACCAUUAACAUCAUUAUCAUCCUCUGCUUCUACAUCAUCCUCCUCCUCAAAGAAGGCGAAGACCACCAAGUCAUCUGAAAGUAAACCUGGACUUCAUAAGAGCGAAGCAAGUACCUCUUCAAAGCCUAAGGCUAGUAAAUCUUUUACUUCAACAAUGGUCAAAUUACAUGGGAUUGUCAAAACUUUUUCUCAUGAAGAGGUGGUUGCUGCUGUGGAACAUUUUGGAAAAACAGAGUCCAUUGUACUGUACAGGUCCAAGCUAGAGGCAAAAGUGAAUUUCAUGAAAGAAGAAGAUGCUCAAAAACUGAAAAAGUUAAAGAGCAUCAACAUAAAAGGAAUACCAGUCACUGUUGUCAGAGAACAGGAUACUGUUACAAAGAAGCCUCUUCCAGCCUUUACCAAAAAACAACAGAAGCUUCCACAGAAAAAAAUCGUCAAGUCCACUAAAUCCGCUUCAACUGGAAAUUCUUUUAAAAAGCCGUUGUCUUUGUCAUCUGGAGACAAAAAAAAUACAACAGGCAAACUUGUUACUAAAGCAAAAGUCUUGGUUUCCAAAGCAAAAAGUGUCUCAACAAAACAGAUAUCCAAAACCUUAAAGCAAGGCAAAGUAGCUGCAAAAGGAGCUGUAAAUGUUGUUGAAGAGAAGAAAGAUGCUUCAAAUCUUAAAGGUUGCAAUGAUUCCAAAAGUUCAGGAAAGCAGCAGGGUGAUGCUGUCUCAAAACAAAGACCUACCCUCAAAAGAUCUGAAAGCAAUGCUAAAAACUCUGUAGUGGCAUCUAAAGAUACAGUGAAGGUGGUCCAAUUGUCAAAAAAGACUGUGAAUCCAAUUAAAGGAACUGCAAUUGUCACUCGUGCAAAGGUCUUAGUUGCCCAAGCACAAACAGCCUCAACUAUCGACAAACCUCAAAAUCAAUUACAACAAUUGGCUGCAACAGGAACUUCAACAACAUUAAAUGUGGAAGAAAUUACUGUAAAGGACACUAAUGUUCAAUCUAAAACUUCAGAGGAUAAGCCUGGUGUAGAGACUUUAAAGCCACCAGAAAUGGAAAUAAAGUUUCAGCAGCCAACAGUGGUGAGUGAGGAGACAACCAAGGUAAUUAAAACAAGAAAUGCAACAGCUUCUGAAACAAAGAACCAGGCUGAUGAAAAAGUUAAUCAGAAGGAAAAAGAGGUCAAACACACUGAACUAUUAGAGUCUGUGAAUACAAAAGUCGUAGAGCCCAUGGAAGUUGAAAGUUUUUCGGGUAGCAAAUGCUUACGAGAACUAGAGUCCUCUGAAAUAGGACAAACACCACCACAGACUUUAGGAAGCUCAGCUCAAGCUGCUUUGGAUACAAAGCAGACACCUGAAAGGAUGAAAAUGGGUCAAGAGCAGCAAAAAGGCAUGUUGGACACAGUUCAUGCCACAAAUGUUCCACCCAAACCUAAAGCUUCAGAAAAUAAGCCUGAUGCGACCUUCAAGACUCCCAAAAGUGAUACAAAUGUUCAAGAAUCUGCAGUUAUGCCGGAAGACAGAGCAAGAAAUGUGUCUGCUUCUGAAAUGAAGCAGCAGACAGAAUUAGCCAAAGCUGAGACAAAAGAGGCCAGUCAUACUGAACCACUUGAUUCUGGGAAUAAAAAAGUGACAGAGCCCACACAACAUUUUACUGACAGAACAACUGAACUAACCGAAUCCAAUAAGGAUCAGACACCAACCAGCACAACUGAGACUACACUAGAUGUAUCUGCAACAAAAUAUCCGAUUGAUACACCUCAUAGAACACAGACUACCAUAAAACAAACAGAAUCCUACAAGGAUUCAGAGGUUCAAGAAUCUGGAAUAGUUCCUGAAAAGAAAACCAAGAUUCCUGAAACAAAAAAUGUAUCAGUUUCUGAAACACAGCAGCAGGCAAAAUUGUUGAAAGUUGAGACAAAAGAGCCCAAACACACUGAGGAUUGCUUUGAGGAUACAAAGGUUCAAGAUUCUGGAUCUGCCAAAAAUGAUGUGGACGAGGCAAUGGAAGUCGAACAUUUUGCUGAGAAAAAGGCCUUACUAGCCAAAUCGAGUGAGGGUCAGACACCAGCCAGUACAACCGAGACCACACCAGCAAUUGAUCACCCUCAGAGACUGCAGACCAGAGCUGAGACAAAAGAGGCCAAACACAGUGAAUCACUAGAAUCUGGAAAAACAAAAGGGACAGAGUCCAUGGAAGUUGAAAGCUCUGCUGACACGACACAGACCAUUGUCAAAAACACAGAAACUUUGGAGAUCCAAAAAUCUGCAACAGUGCUUGAAAACACAACCAAGGUUCUUGAAACAAGAAAUGGAGCAGCUUCUGAAACAAAGCACCCGGUAGAAUCUACCAGUGUUGAUGUAGAUGCAAAAGAUACCAAACGUGCUGAAUCACUGGAGAUUGGAGCAUGUAAAAAGGCCUUAGCAACCAAAUCCAAGGAGAAUCAACCUUCAAUUGAUACAGCUGACACCAUACUAGCUGCAUCUCUACCCAAACCUUCGACCCCAUUAAAGACACCACAGACAACUAUAAAAAUGCCAUCCUCAUCACAGAUCCAACAGAGUGUGACGCCAGAUCCAGAGUCCACAACUGCACUAGGACAAAAAACCCUGCAAAUGUCAGGAAGUUCAACUGAAGCUGCUCUGGAGGCAAAGCAGACAGUUCAGAGUGUGAACACAGUCGCACAGCAAAAAGAUCUUGUGAUUGCUGUGACAAGUCAAAAGGACCUGUCAAAAACUGUCAGCAAUGUUUUGGCAGUGUCGACUGCAGUAGCUGCAUCUUCCAAAACUGAGCCAACAGCUGCAACAGCAGGCAAGCAACAGCAAAGUUUUAGCAACCUGACUUUUGGGGAGAAGAUAGAAAAGCUCAUGGAUAGAAAUCGCCUGAAUUGUUUCAAAAAUAAUAAAACAUUGCUGUCAAAGGUGAUGUUGAUCACAAACCUGCCAGACUAUGAAAAUAGCUGCUACACAGAGGCGGACGUUGCCAAUCAGCUCUCCCUAUUUGAAUUUGGAUAUCUAGAAGAUGACAUCUAUGUUAUUCCUCAAAUGCGUAUGGCUUUUGCCAUUGCGCCAAGUCUGAUGAAGGCAAAAAAGCUUUUUCAAGCGUCAAAAGAGAAGAGUAUUAUUCUCAAUGGGUCCACACUUUGUUUGGAGUUUUUAAUCUACUCCUUUCCAAUGAAUCCGCUUGGGUUUUAUAGCACCCUGAUGAAGCUGGUGAAUUAUCAGCAGACAACUGAUGAUGGAUCAACGGUAAUCUACAUCAAGAAUAUCUCACUAAGUGAGGCCAAUGAUCUCAGGGAAGCUUUGGAAAAAAUCGGUUCUGUCAAAAACUACCUGCCACUCCUCAACAAGGUGUUUAUUGAAUUUGAGUCCAUUUACGAUGCUGAUCGACUCGGAGUUUGGUACAGCCUCCUGAAACAAGGCUUUGCCCAUAAUGUCUACAGGAUUAAGAUACCAAGAAAUGAAUCCACAGCAAGGCCACCUAGACUGGCAGCGAAAGCUUUGCCGGACAGCAAGGUUGUCGCUGAAGGGGCAACAAUCCCAACAGCAAAUUUUGGUGUUCCUCAGGGAAGCACUUCACCAUUUUGGGUUACAAUGAAAACGUAUCCCUUUUUGUUCCCUACCGCAUCUCCUUGGUUUGUCAUCCCAGAUUUUGUGACGGUCCAGCUGACAAAAAAACAGAAAAACCGUCCUCCAGGCUCUGUUUUCCCCCACAUUAUGCUGACCGGUUUGCCAGAAGGGAACUACAGACAUGAGGAUGUCGCCAAGCUGGUGUGGCACCAUUUCCCCAUUCAUAAUCUUCAUACUCUGUACUACAAGAUCAUCGUUUUACCACUGCAGAGGAGGGCCUUCGUGUACUUCAGUGGCUGGAAUGCCUGUACCAAUUUUGUUCAACUGCACAGGAAAAAUCCUAUUUCUGUCGGAGGUCAGAUGCUCAAUAUCCACUUCGUGUUACAGGACAUGCAUCCUGGAUCCAGUGAGGAGGUCAUGUACAGAAAUCUGAUGAAAUGGAGCAAUAUUCAUGUUCCAGAUUCAGAGUCUCUGGAGGAGCGGCUGAUCCAUGUGGAGAUCUCUGAGACAUCUGUGGACCUCAUCAUGAUGGUCAUGCAAGUGGUGGCAUCCAAUGGUUCCUUUGUCAGAUUCUUGCCACUUGCUAACAGGAUUUACAUUGAGAUAGCAGAAUCUACCCUUGUAACAGAGGUGUUGGAGAAGAUUGCUUCAAAUGAACAUUUAUCUACGAAUGUAAUUUGGAAAAAAGUUCGACGUAUUGAAACUUUGAAGAGUCUAAAACAGCGUCUGCAAGACUCCAGUGAGAUUAAAGUAAAUCUUGAACUGGACACCAUAGAUGUUAAGUUCCCGACUGUGAAAAGUGGAGCACAGCCUUCUCUUUCUGAUAAAGGGGCGCAAACUCUUAAGCAAACAAGUACCUCUGGUUCUGCUCAACCAGCAGUAUCAGUUAGUUCCAACAUUUCUAAGUCUCUCACAGCAGGACAAAGUGCAACAAGUGACCAAGAAAUGGAAGAAACCAGUGAUAAAGGGGAAGAAGGGUCACCAGUAACUUCAGUCACCUCUGCUGAUGAAAGAACUUUUUCAGCUGCUUCUACCCCUGCUCCUCCAGUCACAAGUCUGACAAAGUCUAAGGAAACGAUCAAAGAACUUCUUUAUAUUAAUGCUGACGAGCCCAUAUUGAUUCAGGGAACCAAGACACAGACUGUGGAUAAAAUGAGCCUCAGCAAGAGAGAAACAACCUCUAGAAGUGACUUGGAUAAAGAGAAAAUGGAAGAAAAGACCUGCGGAGUGGAAAUAGAAAACCAAAGCCUGGUUGUGUCGACCACUACAAAACAGAUCUCAACAAGGCCCUUGAACGACUCCACGAGCAGCUCAUCUUCUAGUGUAAGCCAGACCUCUGUCUCUUCUUCUCUACAAUCUAUUGAAACUCCUCCCUUCCCUUGCCAAACAGCACAGCCAGAAAAUCCAGAGUCUCCAGAGAUAGCCUUACAUUCUCCAUCCUCCAGCUGUAAGCCUUCUUCAUCAACGAUUGCAUCAACAGCAGCAGCAGCAGAUGUGACAGUAGAGAUAUAUCAGCUUCAUAGAGACGAAGAAGCAAAACCCAAAGAAAUUGCAGUAGGGAAGUCUGGUAAAGUGUUAGCAGAGGGCAUUACUACAGAGACAAAUAGAACAGAAACAUCAUUAGCUAUACAUUCAGCUGCACAUAGUCAGGGGUUAGAGUUAACAAACCAAAAACAGAAUCUAGAAAUUGAUUUUAACAAUGGCAAAGAGUUGAAGGAGAGGACAGAAGAAGAAUGCAGAAAUGAUUAUUCUGGCAAGUAUCCUGAGGAGGAGGACUUUGAAGAUUACCAAAUCCUGGACUCGAUUGAGGAUCAAAUGGAUGAACAGAUGAAUGAAGACGGAAGCCAAGAUGGCACUAAAACCAAUAUAUCUGGGUGUAUACAAGAGGCAGGCAACUCUUACCAGGUGAUGGAUAGUGUUACCGAGGACCAAGCAUCUGUAGUUAAAGAGGACUCUCAAGAAGAUGCCACUGAUAAGGAUGUGUUAGAUUCAAGAACGAACCAAAGUCCAAGGAUCAAGGGAGCUCGAACGACCAAACAAACACAAGGAGAAAUGCAGAGGUCUUUUAAAGCCCCCGAAAAUUUGGGCCAAAUCCUAAAUGUUGAAGACCAAGUCGACAAAGACAUGUCAAGCGAUGCAGAUUGUGCUAAACAAGAAACCUUUGAGAUAUUGGAUUCAAUUGAUGAUAACACUGAUGACCAUGUUUCUUCAGAAACACAUAUUUUUGAUGAGCUAAAUUUCAGUUUAGAGGACUUUGUCACUGUUGAUGAAAUUGGUGACAACACGGGAGAAGCAGCCUUCAGCCACCAAAGCUGCUCUUCUCAUAAGCAGAACUCUGAAAGGAAAAAAGAAAGGCAAAGCUCUCACAUUUCCUCCUCUUCUUCCUCACCUGUGCCCACUCACAUCACAGUGAAAGGAAAUUUGUCUUCUAAUGUCUUUAAGACCUCUACCUCCUCAUCUUCUCAGUCUUUUGAAACUUGUAGGAAAACACACCCAAGCAAGUUAAAGUCCCCAGCCAGAGCACUGCAUACUUCAUCCUCAGAUUGCAGGGCGUAUUCAUUAAAGAUGGCAUCAGCAGCAGCUGAGACAUCGGUUGACACAUAUAAGCUGCACAAAGAAACAAGUUCUGUUGAGUCAGAGUCAAGGCAGUCACCUGGACCUGAGAAAGGCCAUAGACUGCAUAAGUUGGACAGUCAAGUCAUGGUGAGCGAUACAGAUGCAGUCAAAACCUGUUCAAAGGAAUGGAGUGAAAUCGAAUUGGAUGCUUCUGUCCAACUAUUACAUGGGGUUUCUAAACACCAAGUAGCUACCAAUCAAGAAGAUGAUUGCCUUGUUGAAAAUGAAGACUCAGCAGAGAAAAGGGAGGUUGAGGAAAACAAGAUUCGGAUAAUGGAAAAUUCUGAUAAAUCUACAGUUCUAGAUGCAGCUGAUAAAAUUGAAAUGUCACUUACAAGUAGCAACCAAAACCCUAGAGGCCAAACAGAAGAUAGAAGAAGAAAAGAAAGGGAAGAAAUGUUUUCAGAAGAAUCCUGCAAAGCGUCCAAAGAUGCUGAUAACAGAGACAUGAAAGACAAUUCAUCAGAUAGUACUGAUCAUGAAACCUUUGAGAUAUUAGAUGCAACUGAUGAUCAUACUGAUGACCAUGCCUCAUCAAACACCAACCUUUUUGAUGAGCCAAAUUUCAACUUAGAGGACUUUGUCACUGUUGAUGAAAUUGUUGAUGAUGUGGAAGAUAUGGCCUUAGACCACCCAAGCACAGCUUCAUCUAAGCAGAACUCUAGAAUGAAAAGUGAAAGGCAAGGUUCAAAUGUUUCAUCACCUGUAAAGCAGACUUCUACAAGAUCCCCAAAAGACUCCAAGAGCUCAGCAACUUAUUCUUCUUUCUCACAUUCCUUAUCCAAGUCAAUGAAAGCCACUGCGAGGAGCAGUUUGUGUAUGGCUAUGGAAACUCCUGCCUCCUCUGUGGAAAAAGCAGCAUCAGGUAACCCAAAAUCUCCAGCCAGAGCAUCGCAAGUUUUGUAUUCAGGUUUUAGGACCUGUGCAUCAAAAGCAGCUCUAAGUGGAGUUGAGACUUGUCAGCCAAAUGAAGAACAAGCAAAACCAACAGAGAGUUUAGUGGUAAAAUCUGACCACAAAAUUUCAGCCGAUGGCAUUGCUUUGAAAAUUGUUGAGUCAAAGUCAAGCCAGUCAUCUGCUCUUGAGCAAGGCCAGAAAUUCUUUGGAGAUGGCUAUAAGGUCUUGGACAGUAUUGAAGAUGAAAGUCCUGAGGAGUUUAGUGAAACGGAAAUGGAUGCACCUUUCAAAGCACUAGACGGUGUAACUGAAGACCAAACAGCAACAGUUCAAGAGGCCACUCAAACAGUUAAAGAUGAAGGUUCCACAUUGAUGCAGCUGUCCGAGGAGCAUGUGAUUCAAGUAGAUAAUUCUGCUGAAGAUUCGGCUGAGAGAAACGAAGUGCUGGACACAAGUAAGAAUCAAGCUUCAAGGAGCAUGGGCGAUGGAAGGUGGGGGAAAGAAAAAGAACAACAGAUGCUUUCAGGAGAAACCUGCAAAGACUCUGGCCAAAUGACAAAUGUUAAACACCAAAGCAUCAAAGAAGCUUCACCAGAUAGUACUGAAGAAGAAGGCUUUGAGGCACUGGGCUCAGCUAAUGAUCACAUCGAUGACCAAGUUGUUUCAGAUACCACCCUUUUUGAUGAGCAAAAUUUUAACUUGGAGAAUUUUGUCACUGUUGAUGAGAUUUUCGAUGACUCGGGGGAGGACCAAAGCACAGAUGUGUUAUCCUCUGCCGAACAAACCUCAUUAAAAUCCUUGAAAGGCUUCAAGAGUUCUUUGUCACCUUCCUCAUCUAAGACAAGGAAAUCCACUUUGAAAACCAGGUUGUCUUCUAAUGUCAAAACGAUCUCUUUACAGUUAAAUGAAACUCCUGCUUCACCUGAUCAGAAAAGGAAGUCGAGCAAGCCAAAGUCUCCAGCCAGAGCAUCUUAUUCUUCAUCCUCAGGUUGUAGGACUCAUUUGUCAAAGCUGUCAUUGACAGCACUAGUUGAGGCAACAAUAGAGACUUGUCAGCUUCAUAGAGAAGAAGCAAACCCUACAGAAAGUGUACCUGUAAAGUCUGACCACAAGGUUUCAAUAAAAGGCAUUGCUGGGGAAACUAUUGAGUCGGAGAUGAGUCAGAGACCUGGACCUGAGCAAGGCCAAGAAUUAUAUGAAGGAGGCUUUCAGGUCUUGGACAGUGUUAAUGAUGAUGACACAUGUUUAAAGGAGUGCAGUGAAAUUGGAUUGGAUGCUUCUCGCAAAGUGCUAGACAAUGAUAUCAGAGACCAAAUAACUACAGGUCAAGAGCCCAAUCCUUUGGCCAAAAAUGAAAGUUUUACAGUAAAGCAGCUGUCUGAAGAUUUGAUUCUGGUAGUGGACAUUUGUGACAAAAAUGCAGCAAAGAGCAGGGGAGAUGGAAGCAAGGGGAAAGAUGAAAUAACGCUUUUGGAGGAAUCAUCCAAAGCCUCCAAAGAUGCUGGCUUAAUUGCAGAAGGUAAAAAACAGUCUCUUGAAGAGGGAGACAACACUUUAAAAGAGGGUACUGAACAACAAACCUUUGAGAUACUGGAUUCAACUGAUAGUCAUAAUGAUGAUUAUAUUUCUUCAGACACUCAACUUUUUGAUGAGCAGAAUUUUGAGAGUUUUGUCACUGUUGAUGAAAUUGUUGAGGAUGUGGAUGACAACCAAGGCACCUUCUCAUCUGAGCAGAACUCCAGAAAGAAAAGAAAAAGACAAAACUCAGAUGUUUCAUCUUCUGCCAAGAAGAUCUCAACAAGAUCCUUGAAAGAGUCUAAGAACUCAGCUGCUUUAUCUUCCGAAUCCAAGCCCACUGAAGCUUCAGAGAAAAGCACCCUGUCUUUAGGCUUGACCACUGAGUCACCAAAAAAACAAAAAGGCUCAUCUGAACCAACCAAAUUCAAUACCAUAUCUAUGCAAUCUGCUCAGGGCACUAAGACCCCUUUAUUCUCUUCUUCGCUGCCUGUCGAAAUUCAUGCAUCGCCUUUUCGCCGAACACAGCCACACAAGACAGAAUCUCCAGCCAGAAGACCACACACUGUAUCCUCAGGCCACAAGACCCAUUUGUCAGAGAUGGCAUCAACAUCAGAUAUUGAGGCAUCUGUAAAGAUUCAAUAUUCUAAUGAUUCAGUGAAAAAAAACACAGAGUGUGCAGCAGCAAAGUCUGACCACAACGUGUCAGGAGAGGGCAUUGCGGCAGGGGAUUAUGUCGGAAAAUGUAUUGAGGAGGAGGAGGAAGAUGGUGAAACUUACCAAGUCAUUGAUUCAGUUGAUGAUCAAACAGAAGAACAGCUGGAUGACGAUGGAAAUCAAGAUGGCUGUGCUAAAACCAAGUAUCCAGGACCUAAACAAAGCCACACAUUGCAUGGGGAAGGUUAUCAGAUUUUAGACGAUAUAAAAUCCACAAUCCGAAAUGAAAUAAAACAGCACCUUGAAUGUCAAGACAUCCAAAACACUUCAACAGAUGCUACUGAAGCAUUUGAGAUACUGGAUUCAGUUGAUGAUCUGACUGAAAUAGAAGAUGAUAACCAAAAAUUUGAAACCCUCGGCACCCAAGUAUCUAAAGAAGCCACAGAAGAAGAGGAAGAAGCUUACCAGGUAAUUGAUUCUGUGGAAGAUGAGCCAGCAACCACAGAGACCAAAUUGGAGGCAGACAACAAGGAAAAAAGAACAGAGAAAUCCAAUGAACCUAAAAGAGAUGAUAGACCAACAAGGAGGAGUGGAUCAAGGUCCAGAACAUCUAAAAGUGAAGAGGAGGGGAAAUUACCAAUAAAAGAGGACAAGAUGGUGAAAAAAUAUGAGACAAGAACAAAGAAAAGCAAUACAGAAAAAGACAGAAAUAUUCUCAAGGACACUGAAAAGAUCAUUCAUGGGAAAGUAAAUUUUGAUAAAGAUGAACCAAUUCAAGAUGCUUUUACUGCAGAAAGGUCUGAUAGUAGAAGGUCUGUUAGAGGAUACAAAGAGGACAAACUGACAUACACAGAACAAUCUGAAAAGCCAGAAGCGGUAGUGACUGACAACAGCAAUUCAGCCAUUACAGCACAAUCUACCAGUGGGAGAAAGGAAAGAACGGCUAGAGAAGUCCCAACAAAAGACAAGACUACAGCAAGAAGGAGAACCACAUGGGCUGUAGAUUCCCAGAAACGGGAUCCUGAGAAAAAUACAGAAAAUGAAGAGACAGCGCCACCGACCGAGAAGACACCAACAACAAAGAGUGAUGCCUUGAUAAAAGACUUAAGGGAGGACUCUACCUAUGAAAUACGCCCUGUGGAAGAUGAUGAUGUUAGGAAUAAUCGACCUGCAACUUCAGAAAACACAAGGUUGGGAAGACCAAGGAAAUAUAUUGAGAAAACUUUUUUGGAUGACACAUCUGAGCUAGUGACUCUGGAUGAGGUGGGGGCAGAUGAGGGUGGAGAGAAAGGUUUUUUGGAGGGAGAAGAGUGGAAUAGGGAGAUUACGGAGGAUGAGCUGCAGGAGUUUGUCACAUUGGAUGAGAUUGGUGAAGAAGAGGAGGAGGGACAUGAGGUCUGCCCACUCAACCCAGAUAGCCAGUCAGUGAAGUCCUUAAACCAAGAGACUUUGUCAAAUGUGAAUGAAGCAGUGGAUGAUGAGAAUGAGAAGGGUGUCAAAAAGGAGGCUCAGAAAAUCUCAAGAUCUAAUAAACGCAAACGUGAUGACAAUGCAGAGGAGAAUGUGAACUUGAAAAGAGAUGAAGACAAGGACAAGAAAGCCGUUAGAACCAGGACAAGUGGCCAAGCCUGGAAGAGGACUAGACAGAUCCCUGUGAGAAAAUCUGUUAGAGGGAAAAAAGGGGAUGCAACACACGAGAGAGAAGAUGCAGAAACAGAAUCACUGCCUGCCGCUUCACUCGAGUCCUCGUCACUGGACAAAAACGUAUCUGUACUGUCAAGUGACAACAAACCAGACAGCCAAAAAACAGAGGAGAAACCAGAGAGCCAGCCCGAUGUUGAUGCUGCCUCUGCUGGGCAACAGCAACAGCCUGAGUGUCUUGAUAACCAGACACAGGAAGGACCGAGCAGGAGUGACGUUAAAGCCGUCUGUAAACAAAGGAGAGCGCUUAUUGAACCCAAAGCAAAGCGAUCUUGUCCUCAGUCUCCUCGCGUCACAGACAACUUGGAUGCUGACGCGUCACUUGGUGAUGAGCAUGUGGUCCAGAAAAUGGGGCUUUUCUGUAACCUCUGCUCCAUUUUCUACCUGGAUGAGCCAAAUGCUAAGGACCUCCACUGCAGAAGCCAGAAACACCAGGAGAACCUGAAGAAACAUCAACAGAAUCUUCGACGGAGACCUUCGAGAAUGUCGACGAGAAAUUCUCAAGGCUCUGUUAAGAAUGAAUAUAACUAGAUUUUGUUUUUCGUUCUUUCCCUUUUUUAUGAGAGGUGCAAACAAAACCACAUGUAGUUGAGAUUUGGUGACGAGUGACUCAAGUGCGUGAAACCUGGGAGAAUGACUUGUCUGCGUGUUGAACCACUGGACAAGUUUAAAAUGUAAACUUUCAUGUGAAUAAUUAGCACUCAUGAACAUAUUCUUAUAAGAAAAAUAACUAAGAGCUUUCUGCCGCUUUUUUCAUCUGACAUCGACCAUGUGGAAAUUUUUUUGCGUUGUCGACAGUUUUGGUCACGUGACAUUAGCUAGGUCCCUCAACAGCUACUAACACAAGGUAAAUGUAUUUUUGUCCAUAUCAUUUUUAUUGGGUCAAAGCCCUCAGGUUGGUUAUAGAUCUUUUUUUAUUUCUAAUUAUAAUAAUGACAAUAACUUCUAAUUUUUAAAUUAUGUAUUUGUUUUCACGUAGUUUUUCCUCCCCGUUUGAAAUUAAGUACAUGUAACAUCCAUUAAUUUUCUUUAACUGGGUUUGGCUACUGUCCUGUAAAUACCUUAGAUCAUAUUAAAGACUGGCAUAGCCUUUGGGUUCACAAGUGGAAGUGCCUUAAACAUGCAUUUCAGUGAGUGGGCUGCAGGGGGAGACUCCUCUGGUUGCAGAAGGGCUUCAGUUGUAUAGAAGUUGGUAGGAAGUCUGCUUGUUUCAGGUGAUUCUAAAAAAAACCCAUGAUGUUUGUUUACUAAAUGUUGGUUAUUUUUAAGCGGGAGAUAGGAGGAUUACCCACAUUUCACUCUUUAGCUAAUCGGGGUGCACGUUUACAGUUGUAUCCACCCCUUGCGUGUAAACUCCCAAGCUGGCGAUGGGGAAAAUGCUCUACUGGUUUAAGUCCUGUGAAACAGAAAGGAUGUCAGUUUUCAGCUUCAUGUACUUUGCUGCUGUUAGAGAGAAGCAUGUUGUGUAGAUUUAUGCAAAGCUAAUAUACUUUUUUUCCUCUUUCAGUGAGAGAGAGCGAGUAUAACUAUAUUUUUUUGUAUGAUUGGUUUGCUGUAUGUCAAAGCUGUUAACUAUGUUAUGGUCACCCUGUAAACCUUCAUGCACAUCAGUGCAGUUUAAACGCAACAUUUUCUCCCUGCAAGUCACUACAGAAAUAUCUGUACACAUUUCCUGUGUAACCUCGGGGGAAAAUAAAACACUUCCUCUUUUUCA